CUUCUCUUCUCCCAUCUUCAUCUCCAACACAUUUCAUGGACUCUAAAUUUUUUGUUGGGCUGCUGCUGGUAUCUCUUCCCACCUAUGAAUCCUAUUUGAAGACUGCCUCAGAAGAAGAUUUCUUAAGAACCUGUUCACCUCACCGGUGCCACAGAGAUGGACCUGAGAUCCGUUUCCCAUUCCGGCUUUCGAUUCACCCACCGUCAUGUGGGGAACCUGAAAUGCAGUUAAGAUGCUCGGGGGAUGACACAAUCCUGGAUCACCAUGUGCUUGGCUCCUGCAAAGUUACCACGAUCUAUUACAGGCACCGUAUCAUAAACAUCAUUCCGCUUGUGGAACCAUCAGUGCAGUGCCCACUUCAGAAGCUCGUCUCAACAAAUUUGGCAACUGAUGUCUACAAACAACCUCAAUCAUCACAACUUACGACCCUGGUACGUUGUUCAAGAGAUUUCAUACCAGCAGAUCCAUAUAGUAUAGCUGGCCCAGCUUCUUGUCUCAGUAACAACGCAAGCCAAUUCUGGUAUUUGGCCUCAGCCGAUGCAUACAUAUCUGAUCUUCCACGAGACUGCAUGGCCGUCUCUAAAGGCAUCCCCAUACCCUUCAAUUAUGAUAAAAAAAGCCUGAACAACUACCGAUCCGACUUCAGGGAAAAGGCAAAUAGGGUCCUUAAUUUCGGAGAAACAACAUUCACUUGGCAGCUCAAUAACAUUACCGAUGCUUGCCAACAGUGUGAAUAUAAAGGUCAACACUGUGGAUUCAGCUCACAAAGGCAUCAAGCAUUCUGCCAGAAACAUGCCUAUUCCAAGGUGGCGGUUUUGGAUGGUGUGGCCUUGGAUUUUCACAUAUGUGCAACCGAUCUGCAUAUCCAACAAAUAAGCUUCAAAACAGAUAGCUGUAGGAAAAAAACAGAAAAUAUGAAAUACAUCAUCCGAAUUGCAGCAUCAUCAUCUGCAGCAGCCUUUGUGGUUCUUUUGCUGAUGGUGGCCACCGUGCUCUACCUUUCCUUGAAGUCAAGGUACAAUGAAGAGAUAAAUAUGAAGGUUGAAAUGUUUCUCAAGGCAUAUGGCACCUCGAAACCCACAAGGUACACUUUCCCUGAAACUAAGAAGAUAACAAGACGCUUCAAGGAUAAACUAGGCCAGGGUGGAUUCAGAAGUGUGUACAAAGGCGAGCUACCAAAUGGAGUGCCGGUGGCAGUCAAGAUGCUAGAGAACUCUACAGGACAGGGAGAAGAAUUCAUCAAUGAAGUCGCGACUAUCGGUCUAAUCCACCAUGCAAACAUUGUUCGUCUCCUAGGAUUUUGCUCUGAAGGAACGAGACGGGCUCUUAUUUAUGAAUUCAUGCCCAACGAUUCACUGGAGAAAUACAUAUUCUCACAUGUUUCUAAUAUUUCGAGGCAACUCCUACAACCCAAUAAAAUGCUAGAUAUUGCUUUAGGCAUUGCCAGAGGAAUGGAAUACCUACAUCAAGGGUGCAACCAGCGCAUCCUCCACUUCGACAUCAAACCACACAACAUCUUGCUGGACUACAACUUCAAUCCGAAGAUCUCCGACUUUGGCCUUGCAAAGCUGUGUGCAAGGGAUCAGAGCAUUGUUACCUUAACUGCAGCAAGAGGCACAAUGGGCUACAUUGCACCGGAGUUAUAUUCUCGGAACUUUGGGGGUGUAUCCUACAAGUCAGAUGUGUACAGUUUUGGCAUGCUGGUGCUAGAAAUGGUGAGCGGAAGGAGGAACUCCGACCCAAAUGUUGAGAGCCAGAACGAGGUAUACCUCCCAGAGUGGAUUUACGAGAAAGUAAUCAGUGGGCAGGAAUGGGAGCUUGCUUUGGAAAUGACACAAGAAGAGAAAGAAAAGAUGAGGCAGCUGACUAUCGUGGCACUGUGGUGUAUCCAAUGGAACCCAAAGAAUCGGCCGUCGAUGACAAAGGUGGUCAACAUGUUAACAGGGAGGUUGCAGAACCUGCAGAUUCCCCCUAAGCCCUUUGUCUCGUCUGAAAGUCGUCCUCCAGUGCCAUAAAAACAUGAAGAACAUAUCACAGGUUUGAGAACCAAAUUUAAUCAGCAUGUUGCAUUGUAAUGCCUUGCACUAGCAUGCUGACUGUUCGAUUAUGUACUGAACUAGUAUGUCUGGCCUGUUAGCUUAUAAGCCAUCAUCAUGUUGUAAUAUAAUAAUGUCAACCGGAAACAUAAGCCACUACAUUUUAUUCUUAAUGUAAUAGUCAAAUAACGAGAGCUCCUGGAAAUACCCAAUCA